CCUGAGCCGGUUGCUUUCUGAAUGGAAUGGCAUUUGGAUGUAACCGAGAAAGAGAUGCAACAGCCUGAGAGCACUGCUUGUUAUACAGGUAGAUAUGUCUGAACAAACUGUUCAAACAAACAGAACAUCACAUAAGCAGUUGUCCAAUUCUGAUUACACAUGGGAAUAUGAAUACUACGAAUAUGCGCCUGUUUCAUUUGAAGGAUUAAAAGCUCAUAAAUACUCAAUUGUAAUUGGAUUCUGGGUUGGUCUUGCAGUCUUUGUCAUAUUCAUGUUCUUUGUUUUGACUUUGUUGGCCAAGACAGGAGCUCCUCAUCAAGAAAAUGUUGAUUCAUUGGAGAAACAAUUCAGAAUGGACAGUUUUGCGCCUGAUUUUGGAAGGAACACUGAAGCUGACACUGACAGAAUUUUCUCUCGCAAUGUAACAGAAGAAUCACGGUCUCUCUUUCACUGCUACAUUAAUGAAGUGGACCAGCCAGAAAGAAUAAAGAACAGGAACAGAGCCAUGGACAAUGAAAUUAUCAUUCAGCAAACCAUUAGAAAUUCCAAGGUAGAAGAGGACAUUAAUAUGAUUGCAAAGUUCAACAUCCCUAACUUUGUUAACACAGACCAGAGUUCUUCAAUUGGUGAUGAUGACCUUCUAUUAUAUGAUCCACCAAUGAAUUUGGAAAACAAAGCAGUCCAUACUAGUUUGUGUGACUUUAUGAACUGAUUAAACAGCAAGCAAAACUGUGGCUGACUGACUGAUUUGAGUUUAAAGGGGAACUCCACCCAAACACAACUUAAACUUUU